UGACCACCAAUGCGUAACAUAUGUGUAUGGUUGGCACUGUCGAAUAAAAAAUGUAAAUAAAAAAAAAACAACACGGGUAGUGGAAAAGUUCAAUGAAGAUAGAAUCAGAAGUCGUAGUCGAUUUGUCGGCGAAAUCAUCUUGCGUGAGCUUAACGUGUGUGACGUCCGUCUCUUUAAGGGUGACAACUGUCCGACGUCCGUCAAUUGUAACACCAAAGCGUUGUGUGUCGACUUGCCUGGAGAGCGCGCCAAUUCAGUGAUAAUCAUGUUCGGACUACCUUUGCAGUUGUCGUUCCGCUGAGACCUGAUCGAAGUGCAAACGUUGUCACUUAAUAUUUGAAUGACUCCUUUACGCUACUGCGGUUUCCAGGUGUAAAGUUCAUUAGUAAGUAUUGUGUUGCAAUAUCAAAAUCAUGCCCGCUGUUAGAGGAGAUGGUAUGAGAGGAUUGGCAGUCUUUAUUUCGGAUAUUAGGAAUUGUAAAAGCAAAGAGGCUGAAAUAAAAAGAAUCAACAAAGAACUAGCCAAUAUUAGAAGCAAGUUUAAAGGAGAUAAAACAUUGGAUGGUUAUCAAAAAAAGAAAUAUGUUUGUAAGCUUUUGUUCAUAUUUUUGUUGGGCCAUGAUAUUGAUUUUGGCCACAUGGAAGCUGUCAACUUGUUAUCUUCAAAUAAAUAUUCUGAAAAACAAAUAGGAUAUUUGUUUAUUUCCGUACUUGUCAACACCAAUAGCGAUUUGAUAAAACUAAUUAAUCAAAGUAUAAAAAAUGACCUACAAUCACGGAACUCUAUCCAUGUUAAUUUAGCAAUGCAGUGCAUUGCCAAUAUUGGCAGUAGGGACAUGGCUGAAGCAUUUGGGUAUGAAAUACCUAAACUUCUAGUUUCUGGCGAUACUAUGGACGUGGUCAAGCAAUCAGCAGCCCUCUGUUUCCUACGUUUAUUGCGUACUAAUCCAGAUGUUGUACCAAUAGACUCUAAUGGUGCUAGUGAAUGGACAUCAAGGAUUGUACAUUUACUAAACGAUCAACAUUUGGGUGUUGUCACUGCUGCUGUUUCACUUAUUGAUGCACUCGUAAAACGAAAUCCAAAAGAAUAUAAAGCUUGUGUCAGUUUUGCAGUUUCAAGGCUUUCAAGGAUUGUCACUGCUAGUUAUACUGAUCUACAAGAUUACACGUAUUACUUUGUUCCAGCUCCAUGGUUAUCAGUAAAAUUACUUAGACUUUUGCAAAACUAUAAUACGCCAGAGGACGCAGGUGUGAGAGUAAGGCUGAAUGAGUGCCUAGAAACAAUUUUAAACAAAGCUCAAGAAGCUCCAAAAUCAAAAAAAGUGCAACAUUCCAAUGCUAAAAAUGCUGUAUUAUUUGAAGCCAUUAGUUUGAUAAUUCAUAAUGAUAGUGAACCAAAUUUACUUGUAAGAGCUUGUAACCAGUUGGGUCAAUUUUUAUCUAAUCGGGAAACAAAUUUAAGAUAUUUGGCUUUAGAGUCUAUGUGUCUCUUAGCCAAUUCUGAAUUUUCACAUGAAGCUGUUAAAAAACAUCAAGAAGUGGUUAUAUUGUCGAUGAAAAUGGAAAAGGAUGUUUCGGUCAGACAACAGGCAGUUGAUUUACUUUAUGCUAUGUGCGAUAAAUCAAAUUCUGAAGAAAUAGUUCAAGAGAUGUUAAACUAUUUAGAAACUGCUGACUAUUCUAUAAGAGAAGAAAUGGUACUCAAAGUUGCUAUUUUGGCUGAAAAAUACGCAACAGACUAUACGUGGUAUGUGGACGUCAUACUUAAUUUAAUUAGGAUAGCAGGAGAUUAUGUUUCUGAAGAAGUGUGGUACCGUGUCAUUCAAAUUGUUAUUAAUAGGGAUGACGUACAAGGCUACGCUGCUAAAACUGUCUUUGAGGCACUUCAAGCACCUGCCUGCCAUGAAAACAUGGUAAAAGUAGGAGGCUAUAUUCUUGGAGAGUUUGGUAAUUUGAUUGCUGGCGAUACUCGAUCCGCACCAAAUGUACAGUUUCAACUGCUACAUUCCAAGUACCAUUUGUGUUCACCGAUGACUCGAGCAUUGUUGUUAUCAACAUAUGUUAAAUUUAUAAAUUUGUUCCCUGAAGUUAAAUCUACAAUUCAAGAAAUCUUGAAGCAAGAUAGCAAUUUACGAAGUGCUGAUGCCGAGUUACAGCAACGAGCGUCUGAAUAUUUGCAGCUGUCUAAAAUUGUAUCUACCGAUGUUUUGGCUACUGUAUUAGAAGAAAUGCCAUCUUUUCCUGAACGAGAAUCUUCGAUAUUAGCCGUUUUAAAAAAGAAAAAACCAGGCCGUGUACCCGAGACUGAAACACAAGAAGGCCGUAGUCCCGAGCCGUCCCCGAUUAACCAUCAAAAUAAUCACGCUAAUCAUACAAAUUCAAACAGUAAUUCUGCAGAUUUGCUUGGUUUAUCUACUCCAAUUGUUACAUCUACACAUUCAGGUAGUAACGCUAAUGUAUUAGUAGACGUAUUAGGGGAUCUAUAUGGCGGUGGAGCAGCAGGUUCUAAUUCGUUAAAUGCCAGUCAAAAUAACUAUAAUCCUAAGAAAUUUAUUUGCAAGAAUAACGGAGUGUUGUUUGAAAACGACCUUAUUCAAGUGGGUGUUAAGUGCGAGUUCAAAAAAAACUUAGGCCGACUUGGGCUUUUUUAUGGCAAUAAAACCACUGUACCUUUGCAAAAUUUCUCCACUGUCUUAUCUAGUCCUCAUUUAUGGGUUACUAAAUUAGCAAUACAGAUCAAACCUAUUGAGCCAGUCUUAGAAGCUGGUGCACAAAUACAGCAAUUGGCCAUCAUUGAAUGUAUAGAAGAGUACAUAGGAACCCCUGUAAUAAAUGUAUCAUUUUUAUAUAAUGGAGUGCCACAAAGUGUUGCUGUCAAACUUCCUGUGACAUUAAACAAAUUCUUUGAACCAACCGAAAUGAAUAGCGAAUCGUUUUUUGCUCGAUGGAAGAAUCUUGGCAGUAAUCAUGAUCCACAAAAAUCUCAAAAAAUAUUUAAGGCAUCCCAACCAAUGGAUCAGGUGUCAACAAGAACAAAACUCUCUGGUUUUGGUAUGCAGCUUUUAGAUGGUAUAGAUCCAAAUCCUGAUAAUUUUGUGUGUGCUGGUAUUGUUCAUACGAAGACACAACAGAUAGGUUGCUUAUUACGACUAGAACCUAAUAAACAAGCUCAGAUGUAUCGUUUAACAGUAAGAUCAAGUAAAGAACCUGUAUCCAUCGAGAUUUGUGAUCUCUUAGCUGACCAAUUUUAAAAUCUCAUUUUAUGAUAUUAGCAAUGGUAAACAUCUAUAAAUAUUAUUGUAUAACAAAUGUUUUUUGUGGUUUUGAAUUAUUGUUGUUUUAUGCCCCCACACAUAUUCACCCAAUGCAUACAUUAAUAUUACUACAAAAAUUAAAACAACGCAAUGCUAUUUAAUUUCAGUCAUUUUGUUAUUUUUAUUGUCUUGUUUUUUUUAUAUAUGCAUUGUUUUAGUUUAUUUUAUUUGUAGUAUGUGUAUGCAAAUAACUGGUGAUUUCAGGACCCCAAAGAUGUUAAACAAUAUUUUUAAAAAAUAUUUAUUAUGGAAAUGUAUUAAUAGUAACUUAAAGUCAGCACUUUUUGUAUUAUGUUAUUAACUUCCUAGUUAUUUUAUAUUUAUUUAUUUAUAUUUAUUAUUUCAAUAUACCAAAUCUAUAACGAUCAGAAGUAUUGCGUUUGAUAUGUUUAUUAUAAUUUACUGUAAUAUAUUCAAAAUUCAAUAUUAAAUUAAAAUCU